CGAACCUCGGGAAGCGCUACCCCGCAAAGUCCCCGCGCAACGCUAGGGUUAGUCCUUCGACAAACCUGGCCGUGAAACGUGAACAGUGAGAUCCAGAAAAAACAUAGUCGUAAUGUAUCGGGGUUUGGAGCGAUGACAUCAAUGCUCUCGCGGAAUUCGAGUCAGUCUUUUCAGGAUGGAUACAGCCGAGCUGACGCACUGUUGUAUCCUUCCUUAUAAACAUCAACUGAUGUACAGUACUCCGACUUAAUAUCUAGGGUUCCAUUAGCCUAGGUCUCAUCAGGCGGUGACACCUGCAGACGCAGUGAGAUUUCCUGUGCGUAUUUUCGGAAUUUCCGAGAAGACUUGUAUAAGUUCGCAAGGGUUGGCAGAGAAGACGUCACCACCACACAAUGGCUCCGGAUCUCAAUUCGCUUGGAAAGGACGAGCGCUGGGACUACUCUACUCCUGGAUCAACGGGCUAUGAUAUCCCAAACACAGUCUACAAUGACCCGUCGACGAGAAAACUGAAGAUUCUGACAAUUGGAGCGGGUGUAUCUGGUAUACAGCUGGCGUAUCAUAUCCAGAAGCAUUGCGAGAACGUGGAGCAUGUCAUCUACGAAAAGAACUCCGAUAUUGGUGGGACAUGGCUGGAGAAUCGAUACCCAGGUUGCGCAUGCGACAUUCCAUCCCACGCCUACACGCUCAACUUCGCCCUGAAUCCAGACUGGCCCCGCUUCUUCUCGUAUGCACCAGAUAUCCACAAGUAUCUCUCAAAGGUAGUCGAAGUCUUCGACCUGCGCAAGUACAUGACCUUCGAAACCGAAGUCGUGCGUUCCGAGUGGCAAGAUGACAAAGGCAAGUGGAAAGUCUCACUGCGGCAGAAGUCGCCGUCUGGCGAGACUAAAGAAUGGGACGAGGAGUGCGACCUGCUACUCUACGCAACAGGCAUCUUGAACAACUACAAGUGGCCGAAGAUCAAGGGCAUCGAGAAGUUCAAGGGCCGUAUCGUGCACACCGCAGACUGGCCGAAUGAGUACCAGGAGAAAGAGUGGGAGAACGACCGCGUUGGAGUGAUCGGCUCGGGUGCAUCCUCAAUCCAGACAGUGCCCAAAAUGCAGCCGCACACGAAACACCUCGACGUAUUCGUACGCACUGGCGUGUGGUUCGUGCAGAUUGCGAACAACUACGGGCAGAACAAGGAGUACUCGCAGGAGGAACGAGACGAGUUCCGCCACGACCCAAGAAAGCUGGUUGCCCAUGCGAAAGACAUCGAAGGACAAGUCAACGGCCUCUGGGGCGCGUUUUACUCCAACAGCGAGGCGCAGAAGGCGGCUCAGCAGUUGUUUAGAGAGCGGAUGAAGGAGUUCAUUAAGGACGAGAGACUCCUGCAAGGUUUCACACCCAAAUUUGAAGUUGGCUGCCGUCGUAUUACCCCUGGAGAUCCAUACAUGCAAGCCAUUCAGAAAGAGAAUGUGGACGUGCACUUCACAGCGGUCGAAGAGAUCACCGAGGACGGCAUCAUCGGCAGCGAUGGUGUUGAGCGCAAGGUCGACACCAUCGUCUGUGCCACCGGUUUCGACGUAACAUACAGACCACGAUUCCCCGUGAUUGGCAAAAACGGAGUAGACCUGUACAAGAAGUGGGAGAAAGCGCCGGAAUCGUACCUUGGUCUCGCCUGCCCUGACAUGCCGAACUGGCUCAUGUUCAUUGGACCCACAUGGCCCGUUGAAAACGGAUCUGUAACCGGACCGCUGCUCAGCGUCAGCGAAUACGCCAUCCAGAUCAUCAAGAAGAUGCAGCGCGACCACAUCAAGUCCUGGGUCCCGCGCCAAGAGAUCACAGACCAGUUCAACGAGCACGCUCAGGAAUGGAUCAAGCACACCGUCUGGAAAGGCGAGUGCAGAUCGUGGUACCGCAACAACGACACCGGCCGCGUCAAUGCCGUUUGGCCCGGAUCGUCGAACAUGUACAUCGAAGUUAUCGCGACGCCUCGCUAUGAGGACUUCGAUAUCGAGUACCAGCACAAGAAUCCAUGGGCGCACCUGGGCAUGGGCCACGCGGUUUGCAACAUAAAAUACCCGAAUUCAGACGUGUCGCCGUACAUUCAGGUGGAGAAUAUAGAUCCCAAAUGGCUGAAGGCUAUUGGGUACGAGGGACCGGCAUUGCAGGUGCAGCAGGAGAAGGAGAAGAAGAAUCACGUCGGGACUGAUGGGUCGACGAGUGUUGCUUGAUUGGAUCGACAGACGGGACGAGCAUUAGGACUGCAGCAUGAUGCCUGCUAGGAUUACCAAAUCGAUGGAAUUGCAAACCUA